AUUGAGCCUUUACUCCUGCCGUAGCCACCGUAACAAAGGCUGCGCGUUGCCGUGGAGCCGGCGAGAUGCCGCAGAGCCAGGUGGACUGCACCAGCGGUAGGCCUGGGCAGUCAUGUCUGUGCUGGACGUGCUGUGGGAGGACAGGGACGUCCGCUUCGACGUGUCCUCGCAACAGAUGAAAACAAGACCUGGAGAAGUCCUUAUUGAUUGUUUAGAUUCAAUUGAAGACACCAAAGGAAAUAAUGGGGAUAGAGGUAGACUCUUAAUAACAAAUUUAAGAAUCAUAUGGCACUCUUUGGCAUUACCCAGAGUCAAUCUUUCUAUUGGUUACAACUGCAUAUUGAAUAUUACAACCAGAACUGCUAACUCCAAAUUAAGAGGCCAAACUGAAGCUCUUUAUAUAUUAACAAAAUGUAACACUACUCGUUUCGAAUUUAUAUUUACAAAUUUGGUUCCCGGAAGCCCUAGACUUUUUACUUCUGUGAUUGCAGUACACAGAGCAUAUGAAACUUCAAAAAUGUACCGUGAUUUUAAAUUGAGAAGUGCAGUAAUUCAAAACAAGCAAAUAAGAUUAUUACCACAAGAACAUGUGUAUGACAAGAUCAAUGGAGUGUGGAAUUUAUCCAGUGACCAGGGAAAUUUAGGAACUUUUUUUAUUACCAAUGUGAGAAUUGUUUGGCAUGCAAACAUGAAUGACAGCUUUAAUGUCAGUAUUCCAUAUCUGCAAAUUCGUUCAAUAAAGAUUAGAGAUUCCAAAUUUGGUUUGGCUCUUGUCAUAGAAAGCUCUCAACAGAGUGGAGGAUACGUUCUUGGCUUUAAAAUAGAUCCUGUGGAAAAACUACAAGAAUCAGUUAAGGAGAUAAAUUCACUUCACAAAGUCUAUUCUGCCAGUCCUAUAUUUGGAGUGAAUUAUGAAAUGGAAGAAAAGCCACAAUCACUUGAAGCUCUGACAGUUGAACAAGUUCAGGAUGAUGUAGAAAUAGACUCUGAUGACCAUACAGAUGCUUUUGUGGCUUAUUUUGCUGAUGGAAAUAAGCAACAAGAUCGGGAACCUGUAUUUUCAGAAGAACUGGGGCUUGCAAUAGAGAAACUGAAGGAUGGAUUCACACUGCAGGGACUUUGGGAAGUAAUGAGUUGAUCUUGAGUUGAGCUGGAUUUCUAUUUAAAGAUAUCUCAAGAUUAAAGUACCACUUACCUGCUAUAAGGCAUGGAAUAGUUUUUAAAGAUUUUGAGAAAGUUUUUUAAUAAUUAAAGAAAAACUUCUUAAUUUUAGAAAACUGCUAGUUUUCUAAAAAUUAUAUUUAAAGUUGUAAUUGAAAUGUAUCUGGUUUGUAAAUGUUUAUAUUGUACCUAAUACUUGUAAAGUAUUAGUAUUAGUUUUCAGAUAUUAAGUGACUGUAUCAUGUUAAGUUUAAUAAAGAUUUUAUGCAGCACCA